AUGGUGGAUGCCGUCAGUCAGCCCCGGAGGCUUGUAGAAAUCCGACGCCGUUGGAUGCAUGAUAACAAUGAGCUCCACCAGGCGCGUGUUGCUAUUCAGGAGCUGAUGGAUGAAAAGUAUCGCUUGGAAAGCCAACUCCAAGCUGCUGGUCUGAGGGAGAGUCGAUUUGUCUCCAAGAAAAACAAGGCAGAGGAGGAUCUGAAGCAUGUGACAGCCAACCUUGUCGAAGAGAGGAUGUUGUUGGCCCGCGAUAUAGCGGAAAAGGAUCGGGUCCUUGCUCACGCCAAAACCGUUCAGGAGGAGUUGGAACGUAAAGCUGUUGCUGAGGCUCAAAAGAUGAGGUCUGAGUUGUCUGCUAAGAUGGAAAAGUUUCGUAUUGACACUGAUUUUGUGUCUCAGGUGCAGGAGCAGUAUCAAGGUCUAACUGUGGAGUUGGAGGCGUCCAAUGCCAAGGCCCAAGCCAAACUGGUUGAGAUGGAGGAGUGGGACGAACAACUUAGGAAACUCCAGCAGCUGUGUGGCUCCCUUGUUUCCGAGAAAAAUCAACUUGUUCAAUCUUCAACCACCCAUCAGGCGCGCCAUAAAGAGGCGGAAAGUGCAUUGGAGCAGUCAAACGCCGAGGUGGAUAGCCUGACCAGCCGCCUAGCUGGUUUACAAGGGCACAAUGACGGCGUUUACCAUGGUUACUUUACUUGUCAACAAACGGAUAGGAUUACUCCCGCGUUCCAAGAGAAUAGAGGCAAACUACAGGUGGAGAUGGCGGAUGCUCUUGAGGCGGCUUGUAAUGAUCCGCUGCCCGCGUAUGCGGAGCUGAUGGACAAGGUGGCCGAAGACGGCGUGGACUCCUUACGCCAGAUGCUAGACAUGGCGGAGGAGUCUGAAGAGGAAUGA